AGCUGCAGGUCUGUGGGCUUGCUCUGAGCUGAGGAUAAGGAGGACGUGUAUUGUUCUCAGACGGAGGCUGUUUGUUCCUGGGGACCAGUUCUGACUUGUUAUUUUGCACAUGGACUGACUGAACAGCUUCACCUGCCUCCAUCUCCUGCCAGCUUCUCCCCUGCUUCAGAUCCUUCCUGUUCUUUAAACAGAGCGAAGUCCCAAAAUGUCUCUAACUGUAGCUGCUCUGACCAGAGGAGCCAUGACAGAGUUUGAGGAGAAGCUCCGUCAGCAGCACGAGGACUCCAUGCACCGGGAGCUGGAGGCGCUGCUGGCUACAGCCGACAAAGCUGAAGCAGGGGUCUCCAGAAAAGACUUCAAUGGCUUCAAGAACCUCUUUCACAGAUUCCUGCAGGUCAAAGGUCCCUCGGUCGAGUGGGCCAGGAUCAACCGACCGCCGGAGGAGUUGAUCCAGCCAUAUGACAGGAUCAAGGCCAGGGGGCUCCCCAACAACAUCACCGAGUGCCUCAACAAGCUCGCAGUGGUCAAACUCAAUGGAGGUCUGGGAACCAGCAUGGGCUGUAAGGGCCCCAAGAGUCUGAUCAGUGUCCGCAACGAGAACACCUUCCUGGAUUUGACGGUGCAGCAGAUCGAGCAUCUGAACAAAAAGUUCAACACCGACGUGCCGCUCGUCCUCAUGAACUCUUUCAACACUGACGAAGACACGAAGAAGAUCAUGCAGAAAUACACACACCACCGGGUGAAAAUCCAUACGUUCAACCAGAGCAGGUUUCCAAGGAUCAACAAGGAGUCUUUGCUGCCCGUUGCCACAAGUAUGGGGAUGAGCGGUGAGAACGAAGAGGCCUGGUACCCCCCGGGUCACGGGGACAUUUAUGCCAGCUUCUACAACUCGGGGCUGCUGGACAAACUCCUCUCUGAGGGACGAGAGUACAUCUUCGUGUCCAACAUCGACAACCUGGGUGCCACCGUCGACCUGUUCAUCCUCCACCACCUGAUGAGUCAGCCGGCCGACAGGCGCUGCGAGUUCAUCAUGGAGGUCACAGACAAGACCAGAGCUGACGUGAAGGGUGGAACUCUGAUCCAGUACGAGGACCAUCUGAGGCUGCUGGAGAUCGCUCAGGUCCCCAAGGCCCACGUUGACGAGUUCAAGUCUGUCACCAAAUUCAAAAUCUUCAACACCAACAACCUGUGGAUCUCUCUUCCCGCCAUCAAGAGGCUGCAGGAGCAGAACUGCAUGGACAUGGAGAUCAUUGUCAACCCAAAGACCCUGGAUGGUGGUCUGAAUGUCAUCCAGUUGGAGACGGCUGUGGGCGCUGCCAUCAAGAGCUUCAAGAACGCCAUGGGGGUGAACGUACCGCGCAGCCGCUUCCUGCCGGUGAAGACGUCGUCUGACCUGCUGCUGGUGAUGUCCAACCUGUACAGCCUGGACGCCGGCUCGCUCACCAUGAGCAAGAAGAGGGAGUUCCCCACGACGCCACAUGUCAAGCUGGGCAGCUCCUUCACAAAGGUCCAGGACUUUCUGAGAAGGUUUGAAAACAUCCCUGACAUGUUGGAGUUGGACCAUCUCACCGUAUCAGGAGACGUGACCUUCGGAAAGAACGUCUCUCUGAAAGGAACUGUCAUCAUCAUCGCAAAUCACGGUGACAGGAUUGACAUUCCAGCUGGAGCGAUGCUGGAGAACAAGAUCGUGUCCGGAAACCUGAGGAUCCUCGACCACUGAGGGUCGCUGGAGAAGAAUGAUGAAGACCAGACUCGUCCUCUUCGGUUCUCCAGCCAGCGCUCUGUUACUGUGUGACGAGUGUUUCAAACAGGAAGUGUCAAUGUUAAGGUCAAGGGUCAGAUUGAUCCCGACUCACUCUGCAGGUCCUCAUGAAGGAACAUGCCGUUACUGCAGAUCCACACUCAGACUUUCAAUAAAACUGCAACAUGGCUCAGAUCUGUGGUUUAUUCAGGAAGCUUUACUUUUAGUCUGUGCACGCUUGUGUUAGCACAAUAUUUCGUAAACCACUGGAAAGAUUUAAUGAAAUAAAAACAUACCUCUA